AUGGAUGAUAUCGAGGAUCGGCUACGCAGCCAUGCACAGGCAUUUGACGGUCUACUGUCCUUGAUCCCCGCCAAAUAUUACUACGGUGAAGAGAACACAAGUGAUCAAUGGCAACGCAAGAAGCAGACGAAAGAACAAGCCCGUGAAGCGAAGCGAGCAAAGCUCGACCCUGAAGCCGCCAAGACCGCCAAAGACGUGAUGGACGAGAAUGCACGCAAACGCAAGCGCGAGGAUGGAACAAUCCAGUCCGACUCGUCAGAUGGAGAGAUGGGCACCGAGAACCCCAAGGAGGGACUGAACCGCGGAAACGCCAAGCCCAAGAAGCAGAAAUCGGUCGAGAACGGUGAGAAGGACGCCACCAAGGCAGCCGAAGUCGAGGCCCGGAAAAAGCAAAACGCAGAGAAAAAGGCCGCGAAGAAGGCAGAACAAAAGGAAAAGAAGAAGGCCAAGGAUAUUGCCCGGAAGGAGAAGGCUCAGCAGAACAAGAAGCAGUCGAAUACUACAACAGAGGAUUCGGAAAAAUCUGCACCAAAGCCUAACGCACCGAAACCUAACGGUGAUGCCACCAAGAAACCCGAUGCAUCUGACGACGAAGAGGAUGAUGAGAACGAAGAGGAAGAUGGCGUUGUCGAGGAAGGAUUCUCUCUUGAAUUCAACGACCAGCCCGAAAACUCCUCAGCCUCGUCCACCCCUCACUCUCCCAAUGCUUCAAAUCCCCAGUCUGGCAGCUCCUCUAUUUCCUCCAUCGUCCCUCCCUCCGCCUCCACCGAAGCCAAAUCCUCAGAGCCCAAACCCCUCAAGCACACACCCGAAGAGCUGAAGCAGCGCCUACAAAAGCGCCUCGACGAGCUCCGGGCGAAGCGCCACGCAGAUGGACUCAAUGGCAAGCCUGCCCGUAACCGCCAGGAGCUCAUCGAAGCCCGUCGGCAAAAAGCCGAGCAAAGAAAAGCCCACAAGAAGGAAUUGCGCCAAAAGGCCAAAGAUGAGGAGCAGCUGAAGUCAGACGAAGCCAUGGCCCGCCGCUUCUCCCCCGGUGGCUCCGGCUCUCUCUUGGCCUCCCCCGCUCCCCAGCCGAACGGCCAAGCAACAGACGCUGCCGGCACCGAUGUGCACGACAAGCCCAAGACUCACGGUGCCCGCGACCCCGCUGCCCAGUUGAAGGCCGCCGAGGCCAAGCGCGCCCGUCUCGCAGAAAUGGAUCCUGCCAAGCGUGCCGACAUCGAAGAGAAGGACCGCUGGUUGAACGCCAAGAAGCGUGCCCACGGCGAGCGUGUCCGUGACGACACCUCCCUGCUGAAGAAGGCCCUCAAGCGCAAGGAGACCGCAAAGAAGAAGUCCGAGCGUGAGUGGAAGGACCGCCUCGACACCGUUGCUCGCUCCAAGGAGCAACGCCAGUCCAAGCGUGACGAGAACCUCCGCAAGCGCCGAGACGAAAAGGGCAACAAGGGGGGCAAGAAGAAGCCCAGCAGCGGUGGCAAGAAGAAGGCCGCUCGUCCCGGCUUUGAAGGCGGCAGCUUCAAGGCCAAGUCAGGCGGGGGCAAGAAGAAAUAA